UUAUACACCCCAGACAAGCUUCUGUCGUGGGCUAUACUAACACUAAAAGGCACUCCUAUGAAUCAGUCAACACUUUGAGGCGUGAGAGAUUAAAACCACAAAUCAUCCCGAGCCCAAUAGGCUCUAAUAAGGCCCAAUUGACAGAAGCACGAUAUCGUCUUCUUCCUGUAGUAGAGUCGGGACAACAAAGAGCUGGGAUGAGUCAAUAAAUGAGUAGAAUUUCUAAGGAAGAGUAGUUGGUGAGCGUCGCCAUUGAAGGGGAAAGAAGCCCAACUUUGCAUUGAAUGAUACUUAGAUCUUUCUCUCAGCAGCUGUCUCCAUUUAUGAUCGAUCCCAACCUGUUUCUUCUCUCUACCAAUUUCAAGAUCUGGUCGUCGCUCACCGGAGAAACGUAAUGGAAAAGAAAGAGACCAAGGAAGAACCAGCAGCAGCACCAGCUGAGCAAGAGAAUGGUCCGUUGAUUGAAGAUGAGAUCGAGAGGAGCAAAGUCGGGAUCAUGAGAGCUCUCUGCGACCGACAAGAUCCUGAAACUAAGGAGGUGGAUGAUCUGAUGAUAAGGAGGUUUCUGAGAGCGCGUGACCACGACAUUGAAAAGGCUUCAACGAUGUUUCUUAAGUACCUGACUUGGAAGAGAAGCAUGCUCCCAAAGGGGCACAUACCAGAAGCAGAGAUUGCAAAUGACUUGUCGCAUAACAAGGUGUGUAUGCAAGGUCAUGACAAGAUGGGUCGACCCAUUGUUGUUGCCAUUGGGAACAGACAUAACCCUUCCAAAGGUAACCCUGACGAGUUCAAGCGUUUUUUUGUCUACACGCUUGAGAAGAUAUGCGCUAGAAUGCCGAGAGGUCAAGAGAAAUUCGUAUCAAUUGGAGAUCUUCAAGGCUGGGGAUAUUCUAAUUGUGACAUCCGUGGCUACCUUGCUGCUCUUUCCACUUUGCAGGAUUGUUACCCAGAGAGAUUGGGGAAACUAUAUAUAGUUCAUGCCCCCUACAUUUUCAUGACCGCAUGGAAGGUCAUUUAUCCUUUAAUCGACGCCAACACCAAGAAAAAGAUUGUUUUCGUGGAGAACAAGAAACUCACUCCAACGCUACUCGAAGACAUAGACGAAAGCCAACUUCCCGACAUCUACGGAGGCAAAUUGCCACUUGUUCCUAUUCAGGAGACCUAAUUCUAGGUUUUACUACGGCGGCCCACCUCUAUUUCUAAAUUAUUACUUAGUACACUAUUCUUCUUUUUUUUAUUUUUAAUAAAUCGAAAAACAUAUUGAGUGUUGCCAAAUGCCAACAUUAUAUAUUUACUGUCAAAGAAGCUAAAAGAUAUAAUAUAAUAUCGAAAACAACUUUUUUUUUUUUUGGGGCAAACUCAUGUAAUUUCAUAUCUAUCUAUUGUGAUAUAAGCCAUUUUACUUUGGUAACUAUAAAUUUCAGUAUAGCUUGCUGUUGA